AUGCCACUGAGUCGUAUUUACAAGAGUGUGUCCCAGUGUCAGCGGACAAGGGACGUUUUGUUCCGGAAUUGCUGGAAAACAGGAUCCGAGUUCGUAUCGCACAGGACGCCAGGGCAGGUUAUCCACCCGUUUUAUAGGGUGAGCGGUCGUGAGCGAUUGCUGAUGUGCUACGGGGACGGUCCUGUGGCGCUUGCGGACGGUCGGCCCGUCUUUGCGAGUGUUAUUGAGGGCAAAGCCGGAGUGGGCCAGCUUGUCAUGGGACCCGUUAAAUUGCAAAACAAAGCAGGUGUCUCGCAAUGGUUGAAGGAAUAUACCCAGAGAAUCGAUGAAGAAAGUGCGGUCACUUUGCAAGAAUGUCACUUGGCAGGCGAGGGUGCCUCGCGGAAAACUCUGUUGACUCGAGACGACCGGAGAUUGCAAGAGGUGGUCCAGCUACUGGAGAAACAAGAUCCUGAUGAAGGAGCUGCUGCGGACUCGGUUGCUUUGAACUCGCUGAUCGAUUACAUUCUAAUCAGCCGCCACCAUUCAGGGCUUUUCGCAGAGGACAUUUAUUCGUUCAUCUUGGGAGAUCCGCGUCUCGUUGACACUCUGGAGAAAGUCUCACUGGUGAUCGAGUCCGUACAGGGCCAUAUGUACACGAAAUUGGACCAUUUGCGAGCGGUGGAACCAUUGCUCGUCCAAGCACUGCAAGUGGCAGACUUCCUGAAGAAUUGUACUACAGAGCAACACACCGCAUUUGAUUUUACUUUGGACAAACUCUUCCAGACUGUCAACAGGAGAUUUAACUACAACGACUGUUUGCGCCAUUUUGAACCACACGUGCUGCUCCUCCUGCUGAGACACUACCUCCAUAAAUCUAUGGCUGCCAUCAGGGCAAAGACCGUGAUCGAAAGAAUGAUCCAGCAAGGGAUAAAACCGCCACAGGACAGUAUCGACGCGUAUCUUCGCUUGUUGGAAUCAAAGUCAAGGAAGGAGAAACUGGUGUUCAUCGCGGAUUUUAGACCUCUGAUCGAGAAUGCACCUUCUGUAACACUACUUUCCUUCUGCAUUGCACUUUGUCAACAUUAUAACGAAAUAAUGUGUUUGGUCAACAUUGUCAUGAAACAACCGCAAGAACAGAGGGAACAAUUGCUGGAGGCUUUAUUCCCACAGUUGGUAACCAAGUGCGAGGAGUGUAGUGCAAAGGGCAAAAACUCAAACUUACACAAAUCGGCAGAUCUGUGCGGUGUCUUAAACCUAUUUGCCCAAAAUAACAUUGAACUACCAAGCAAUCAUGCUAAACUGUGCAUCGAUCAUCUUCUCAAAUAUGAGAACUUAACCAUGGCCGCAUCGCUUGCUCGGAAAUUCGACCUGCCAAACCCUCAAGAACUAAGUCAAGCUGUAAACACAGAUUGA